AUGAUCCCCCAGGGAUCGUUGGGGAUUCGCUCUCUGUGCCCAUUGGCUCAGCGAAGUCUCCAUGCUUCAGCCAUUGUUCUUACUGAAGUUUCUUCACAAAUCACUGAGCCAACUGAUCCAAACGCUUCUCCAACAUAUAUGGGAUACUUAGCUGGAGCUAUCAAUGCUAUUCUUGCUAAGACAGCUGCAGCCAGCCAAGCGUUGGGCCUGAUAUCAGAGGGCGAGACGAAAAGUGGCCCGACAAAGCCUGUUGUGACGGCGACUUCUGAAAGCGGUGCUCCUACGAAAGCCCAAUAUUUGAAACAUACGUUUGAAAAACGAAUAUCAAGAACCGAGGUUACAAAUACGACGAAGGCACUUGUGAAGCAACUUUUGCUGGCUGAUUCGUCGAGUUCAAAACUCGUACGUAUUAAAGAGCUUAGCAGUCACAUCAUUAGUUUUCCUCCGACCAGGAUCAUUGCGGCACAACAUCCCCGCCUUAUCGCUGAUUUACUCAAAACGGUAACAUCUGCUGAUGUGAGUGCAGAACUUCGAGCAGAAGCUCGUCAGUGCUUGACUUUAUGUGGAUGUCAACCUGCUGUAAAAAGUAGAGGCUAUCAGUCGUUCGUUAUAGGUGUAAAUCUCCUUAGUAUCGAUGGAGGAGGUACUCGUGGUAUGAUGGGUCUUGAAGUACUUGAACAAAUAGAACGGAUUUCUGGGAAAAGGGUAUGCGAGCUAUUCGAUCACGUAGUUGGGGUCAGUACAGGUAGCAUCAUCUCCAGCUUACUGAUUGGGAAGGGAUACAGCGUUGAGGAAUGUCGUGGUGUAUACAUGGAUGUUUCAAAAAAAUUGUUUUCGCAAAGUCGUUUGACUGGCGUCAGUGGAGUUGUGUGGAAUCACUCCUAUUAUGAUACCAAGAAAUGGAUGAGCAUGUUGAAAGAGGUUAUUGGAGAGGAUUUGACACUCAUCGAGACAAGUAAAAUGGAAGUACCACGUCUUAGCAUUGUUGCCACCAUAGUGAAUUCGCCUGUUCUCCAACCGUAUAUAUUCCGUAACUAUGAAGCCCCUGCAGGUCGCGAUUCGCACUACCGUGGAAGCACAGGACACUGUCUCUGGAAGGCGAUUCAGGCAUCAGCUGCUGCUCCACUGUACUUUGAAGAAGUGAAAGUGGACCAGUUUCUUCUGCAGGAUGGAGGAGUCAUCGCAAACAAUCCAACGGCAAUCGGAAUCCAUGAGGCGAAACUGCUUUGGCCUGAGGAACGGUUACAUUGUGUAGUGUCUAUUGGAAAUGGGCGAUCGGUGUGUGAUCUUGAACAAGAAGAGUCGAUGACACCAUCUCCAUUGAGCUCGCUGCAGAAAUUUAAUCGUAUUAUUGAUAGUGCAACGAACACAGAAACCGUGCACAUGUGUAUGCAUGAUUUGUUGGAUCAGAAUGUUUAUUUCAGGUUAAAUCCGUACAUGACAUUCCCUUACGCGCUUGACGAAAUUGAUCCCAAAAAGCUUGAUCAAAUGCAGAACGAUGCGAAACUGUAUGUUCGGCGAAAUAUGUCGAAAAUCGAAGAUGCCGUGGCGAGGCUGCUCCAGAACGAUGCGAAACUGUAUGUUCGGCGAAAUAUGUCGAAAAUCGAAGAUGCCGUGGCGAGGCUGCUCCAGAAGCCCACUGUUUUACAACGAAAUAUGCGCAGAUUCGAACAAUGGAUGGAUGAGAGGGGGAUGUAUUCACCUCGCUGA